AUGGCGCGCCUAUCAACACUCGGGCUCAGCCUCGUAUCCCUCACGGCUCCCGUAGCCCACGCCUGGUCCAACACCCUAACCCACGGCGACAUCGAGGCCGACGAGCUCGCCUCGGGCCGCGGGCUAUGCGGACGCGGAGGUUCAGACCCGCUCACCUGGACGCCGCCGACGUGCGGACCGUCCCUGGUCGGAGGAUUCGGGAGCAAGCCCAGCGAGUGGUUCCCGUGGACGCACCGCCCCUACUGCGCCGACACCCAGUACUGCGUCUUCACCAACGCGCACUUCCAAAACGGCAUCGGCGUCAGCAUCAUCACCACGCCCGAGGACGCCGCCGGCACCCUGGACAAGCUGGAAGAGUCCUUCACGAUCCCGCUCCAGCGGCCGAGGGGCGGCGCGCCCUUAUACAAGGUGGUGGACAUGCCGGGACGCGGCAAGGGCGCGACGAAGCUGUUCCAGGGCAAGAAGCUGCUGGAGACGGCGGUGGAUCAGCUGCCGAGGGGCCACGCCAUCCGCAGCCUCGCCAUGAGCACCAACACGACGGAGAGGGUGGUGGAGGACUUGCUGAGGACGAAUUCGUUUGGCAUGUCGCUGGAGAAUCGGAGUACCAUGGUCCUGUUCCCCGAGAUUUCGAGAAUGAACCAUGCCUGUAACCCAAAUGCCUUCAUUCGCUUCUCCGAAAAGACUCUCGCCAACACGGCCAUCGCCAACCGCGAUAUUGAGGCCGGGCAAGAACUUACAAUCAGCUCGGUGGAAUUUUCCUGCGACUGCGCCCUCUGCAGCCUCAGCGAGGAAGAGGUCGAGGCGUCCGAUGACCGGCGGGAGCGCAUCCGCGACGUGCGCUCGGUGGUGCUGGACCACGUCAAGAAGAACGAGUACUCCCAAGCCAUUAAGAAGCACAAGACCAUGAUCCAGCUCAUCGCCGAAGAGGGCAUAACGGUGCCCCUCGGCGAGUACUACGACAUCCUCGCCCGCCUAUACAACACCAUCGGGGACCGGCGCAACACCGAGAUAUGGGCCAAGAGGGCCAUCGACGAUUUAGAACUGUUUGGUGGCGAAGAGAUUUAUGACCAGAUUCCCGAGCUGAGGGAUAUUCUCGAUGGGAUAGUAUGA